AUGGGCAGAGCCCGGCGGCAGCCUCAGCCUCAACAUCCAAGGGAAGGCGGAGGCAGGCUCGGCAGGUGCCUCGGCGGCGGUGCUCUCCCUGGAGCCCGGCAGGCCGACGGGCGGCAGGAUGCUGGAGAUCCAGCUGGACGAUGGCGGCGUUGGGGUGUACCCGGGGGACGAUUACUGCUCGGGCUCGGUGAUGUCGGAGCGGGUGUCAGGCCUGGCCAACAGCAUCUACCGCGAGUUCGAGCGGCUCAUCCGCUGCUACGACGAGGAGGUGGUGAAGGAGCUGAUGCCGCUGGUGGUGACGGUGCUGGAGAACCUGGACUCGGUGCUCACCGACAACCAGGAGCACGAGGUGGAGCUGGAGCUGCUGCGGGAGGACAACGAGCAGCUGCUCACGCAGUACGAGCGCGAGAAGGCGCUGCGCAAGCAGGCCGAGGAGAAGUUUAUAGAGUUUGAAGAUGCACUGGAACAGGAGAAGAAAGACCUGCAAAUCCAGGUUGAGCAUCUUGAAUUUCAGUCCCGGCAGCUGGAGCUGAAGGCCAAAAACUAUGCAGACCAGAUUUCACGGCUGGAGGAACGUGAAUCAGAAAUGAAGAAAGAGUACAAUGCCCUGCACCAACGCCACACAGAGAUGAUCCAGACCUACGUGGAACACAUUGAGCGGUCCAAGAUGCAGCAGGUUGGGGGAAAUAGUCAAACUGAGGGCGGUCUACCUGGGAGGAGUCAUCGCCAGUCAUGGAGGAAAAGCAGGAAGGAGCGUCCUAACUCUCUGAAUGUCUUCCCCCUUGCCGAUGGAAUGGUACGUGGGCAGAUAGGGGCCAAGAUCAUCCCCACAGUGGACCACUGGCACUUGAGUGACCUCGGCCAGCUGCAGUCCAACUCCAGCUACAAGUGCCCAAAUGAUGAAAUGUCUGAAUCUGGGCAGUCUUCUGCAGCUGCCACUCCAAGCACCACUGGGACAAAGUCCAACACACCAACCUCAUCUGUGCCCUCUGCUGCUGUCACACCCCUAAAUGAGAGUUUGCAACCCAUCAGUGACUACAGUGGAACAGCCAAGAACAAUAAGAGGGCACGGGAAAAGCGAAACAGCAGGAACAUGGAAGUGCAGGUCACCCAGGAGAUGAGGAAUGUCAGCAUAGGAAUGGGUAGCAGUGAUGAAUGGUCUGAUGUUCAGGAUAUCGUAGACUCUACGCCAGAGCUGGACAUGUGCCAGGACCCCCGACUGGAGCACACUGGAAACAGCCCAACACAGGGGAUUGUCAACAAAGCUUUUGGCAUCAACACAGACUCUCUGUAUCAUGAACUUUCCACAGCAGGGUCGGAAGUCAUCGGGGAUGUGGAUGAAGGAGCAGAUCUGCUAGGGGAGUUCUCAGUGCGGGAUGAUUUCUUUGGAAUGGGCAAAGAAGUGGGGAAUCUGCUGUUGGAGAACUCGCAACUUCUGGAGACCAAAAAUGCUUUGAAUGUUGUGAAGAAUGAUUUGAUUGCUAAGGUGGACCAGCUGUCUGGGGAGCAGGAGGUGCUGAAGGGAGAGCUUGAAGCAACAAAGCAGGCCAAAGCCAAGAUGGAGAACAGAGUCAAGGAACUGGAGGAGGAGCUUAAAAGAGUGAAAUCUGAAGUGAUCGUUGCCCGACGAGAACCCAAAGAAGAGGUGGAGGAUGUAAGCAGCUAUCUCUGUACAGAAUUGCAGUGCUCCUCCCCCCUGCAGGACAACAUUCCCAUAGCCCAGCGCCGCCGCUUUACCCGUGUAGAGAUGGCCCGUGUCCUGAUGGAGCGCAACCAGUACAAAGAGAGGCUAAUGGAGCUACAGGAAGCUGUCAGGUGGACAGAGAUGAUCAGAGCUUCCCGGGAGCACCCAUCUGUCCAGGAGAAGAAGAAGUCCACCAUUUGGCAAUUCUUUAGUCGCCUGUUCAGCUCUUCCUCCAGUCCCCCGCCUGCGAAGAGGAAUUACCCAUCAGUGAACAUCCACUAUAAGUCUCCAACAGCAGCUGGGUUCAGCCAACGCCGCAGUCAUACCAUGUGCCAGAUCUCUUCUGGCAGCCGCACCCUCGAAUUCUUCCCUGAAGAAUUGAGAAGUAACACUGUUGCUUCUCUCCUCAGUGACUGUACGUCAUCCACACGUCGUGAACAGAAGCGUGAGCAGUACCGCCAGGUCCGAGAGCACGUGCGGAAUGAUGAUGGUCGCUUACAGGCCUGUGGGUGGAGCCUUCCCGCCAAGUACAAGCAGCUGAGUCCCAAUGGUGGCCAGGAAGACACCCGCAUGAAAAAUGUCCCUGUGCCUGUGUACUGUCGCCCUCUAGUGGAGAAGGACCCCACCAUGAAGUUGUGGUGCGCAGCUGGAGUCAACCUGAUGGGGUGGAAGCCUUUUGAACAGGAUUCUGGGAGUGGACAGAAGUCAGAUCCUGGACGUGAUCCUCUCACCUGUGACCGGGAGGUGGAAGAAGGGAACACCAAGAGUAACCACACAUCUCCAGAAAAGAAAAAGGCAAAGGAGCUGCAUGAGAUGGAUGCCACAUCCAGCCGAGUCUGGAUCCUCACAAGUACCCUCUCUACAAGUAAAGUCGUGAUCAUUGAUGCCAACCAGCCUGGCACAGUGGUGGAUCAGUUUACUGUCUGUAAUGCCCACGUACUCUGCAUUUCCAGCAUCCCUGCGGCUAGUGACAGUGACUAUCCUCCAGGCGAGAUCUUUCUGGAGGGAGACGUGAAUCCAGAAGAGUCAUCUGGAACAGAUGGAGUCCUUGCAGGAAUCACUCUGGUGGGUUGUGCAACCCGGUGCAACGUGCCACGCAGUAACUGUUCUUCCCGUGGAGACACCCCCGUGCUGGAUAAGGGACAGAGUGAGGUGGCUGCAGUCAGCAAUGGGAAGAUCAAUCAGUCCCAGUCCACGGAGGAGGCAACAGAAGCUACAGAGGUACCAGAGAAUGGUGCAAUUGAAACAGAACCAGCUCAAGUCCGGCCUGGUCCACUUACAGAGCAUAUCUUUACAGAUCCAGAUCCAGCUCAGGCACCUGUUAGACAGAACAGUGAGAACGGGCAGCAAAAGACAGAGUCAAGCACAAUGCUGCCAGAGCAGGAAGUGAAUGGUGAUGCUGCUGGAACAGGCACCAGUGCCGCACCCACAAUGUGGCUUGGAGCACAGAAUGGCUGGCUGUAUGUGCACUCGGCCGUGUCCAACUGGAAGAAGUGUCUGCAUUCGAUAAAGCUGAAGGAUUCUGUGCUGAGCCUGGUGCAUGUGAAAGGACGGGUUCUUGUUGCCCUGGCAGAUGGAACACUAGCCAUAUUCCACCGAGGAGAAGAUGGUCAGUGGGAUCUCAGCAACUAUCACCUGAUGGACCUGGGUCACACCCACCAUUCCAUCCGCUGCAUGGCUGUUGUGUAUGAUAGAGUCUGGUGCGGCUAUAAGAACAAAGUCCAUGUCAUCCAGCCCAAGACAAUGCAGAUUGAGAAAUCCUUUGAUGCCCACCCACGCCGGGAGAGUCAGGUCCGGCAGCUGGCAUGGAUUGGAGAUGGGGUGUGGGUUUCCAUCCGCCUGGACUCCACACUGAGGCUGUAUCAUGCCCACACCCAUCAACACCUCCAGGAUGUGGACAUAGAGCCGUAUGUCAGCAAGAUGCUAGGCACUGGAAAGCUGGGCUUCUCAUUUGUGCGAAUCACAGCCCUACUUAUCGCCGGCAACCGCCUCUGGGUUGGGACAGGGAAUGGUGUCGUCAUCUCCAUCCCACUGACUGAGACCGUAGUCCUCCACCGAGGCCAACUCCUUGGGCUCCGGGCCAAUAAGACCUCCCCAACAUCAGGAGAGGGGAAUCGCCCUGGCGGAAUCAUUCACGUGUACGGUGAUGACAGCAGUGACAAAUCUGCCAGCAGUUUCAUCCCCUACUGCUCCAUGGCUCAGGCACAGCUCUGUUUCCAUGGCCACCGUGAUGCAGUCAAGUUCUUUGUCUCUGUUCCUGGUAACGUUCUAGCAACCCUGAAUGGGAGCGUGUUGGACAGCCCCUCUGAGAACCCCAGCACAGCAGCCACUGAGACCGAGGGGCAAAAGCUGAAGAAUGUCCUGGUGCUGAGUGGAGGAGAAGGGUACAUCGAUUUCCGGAUUGGGGAUGGAGAAGAUGAUGAGACAGAGGAGAAUGCUGAAGAUACCACCCAAGUGAAGCCAGUGCUUUCCAAGGCUGAGAGGAGCCAUAUUAUCGUCUGGCAAGUCUCAUACAUCCCUGAGUGAAAUUCUUUUCUUUCCUGCCAACAUAUCUCUCCCUCCUCCCACCUGAAUGCCAAGAUGUACAUACAGAACUCCUGAAUUACACCUACUGCUGGCAACUGAACCCCAGACAACUGCAACAGCUCCUGCAUCGGAUGGUGACCCCCAUUCUAACCUCUGAACUUGCAGCUUUCAUUUUGGGCCCUGUGUGCUUUGAGUGGUGGGAUUACUGUUCUCCUUCUGAAGCUGGUGUCUACAAGGGGGGAAAAAAGGCAGAGAAUCUUCAGAGUGAAGCUGAGAGUUGGGAAUUGUGCAAAUACCUCUCUCCAAGAAGCAUGAGACAGAAGCAUGUCUUGGAAGGGUUGGCCCAGGUUGUCAGGAAGGUUAUCUCACUGCCGCCUGCAUGAGAAGCAGUGCAUCACCCUCAUGUCCUCCAGUGAAACGAGGCUAAUGAAUCACAACAGCCCAAAAAAAAUCUUUAUCCAGUUCACCAGAUGGAAUUCUCAUCCCAUCCCUUCUGCAUAGAUUGUCCCCAAGCACCGAGUCUUAUCCCAGGAUCUGAGAGCAGGCAGCAUCAGGUUAAACCAGAAAUCUGCAGAGAAGAGAACACAUAGGUUUCAGGAAGCACUUCAGCUAUUUGGCCAUAGAGGGCCAACAGGCUCAUGACAAGGGGUAGAGUGUGGAACACAUGCUAUAUACAGAAAGCCCUCCCUACUGCGCUUCUAUUUUUUGGUCAGUUCGUAACAUUAAAUAGUGCUGAGUGAGCAUGAAAUCAGGGAGGACUGUUUGCUUGGUAGAGUCAGAGGCAAAAAAGGUGUUUGGUGUCAGGCCAAAGAGUGCUUGGACACUGCUGCCGUGAAAGUUUGCUGGGAUCUGGUUGAUUUGUCCAUGUGGUAUUUUUGGAAGGGGAGGUAAAAAAUGCUUGGUUUCAUUAUUUUUACAAGCCUUAAAAAUUUCAAGAAACAAGCUGUUGUUUAGUGAUAGUUGGUUUUAAAAUGUAGCCGGUGACAUGGCUUCUGUGUUAACCCAGCGAGGUUUUAUUGACUCAUGAAGCUGCAUUCCCAUCCUGGUGCUGAUUUUCUGCAGGGAGAAAUGCUCUGCUCUCAAAACAGAAGAGUGCUGGGGAAAAGAAAAGGCAGGAUGUUGAUUUUGUCAUACUUUCUCCCAGUACAUAACAGCAACCCAGUGAGAAUGCAAGUUCAGGUGUGUGUAUCCCAAGCCAUGGCACUCAGACAAGAGGGCACUUUGGGAUUAGCACAUCACUAUGGCAGGAUAUGUUUCAUGGCUGCUCUCCUGCAGCUAAAUCAGUCUAUAACAAGCUGGAAAGGGGAUCUUAGCUCCAUCCUGUGCACAUAUCUUAAGUUUUUUUACCUCACUCCUGCUUCUGACCCAUUGGUUAAAAGCCCUGAUGCCACAGUUUGCCUCCUGGCUCCUCACUGUUUUUGGCCUUUUAAAUCUUUGAGCACAUGUGCACUGCCUCACUAGCUGGUUUCCUGGCUCAGUCAGUGUCUUUGUACUUAAGAUCCCAGAUGACCUAGUGUACCCAUGUCUAUCUGCAGAACUUAUCUUCCCCCAUUACUGUAAUAUGCCUCACAAUGUGUAAUGGAUUUAUCCCUCACAUCAACCCUGUGAGGGAGGGAAGGGUUUUGCAGAUAGUGAUCUGAAGAACAGAAAGACUGACUUGCUCAAGGUCACACAGGAAGUCUGUGGCAGAGCUGGUCUCCUGAACCCCUAGCUAGUGUCAACUCCGCUGGGUGGAUGUUGCUGGUAUGAACUAAAGGGUUCCUAGUUGCAUUAAUGUAAUCCUGUUUGAGGAGUACUGCGUUAACGUGAACUUUUACUUCAUAUCUGCAACAUCCACACAGGGGAGUUAGUGCACUACUAUUCAUACCCCCAUAGUCCAAAAUGCAGGGCAGUGAAGAAAGACCCCUACUUUCUCUUUAGCAGUAGCAAUGCUGCCAUUGCUGUCGGGGUUUGGAUUAUGCAUGCACAGCUGAGAGAUAAAUACUAGCCACACAUCAGCGCUGGGAAGGCAGCAGCACAUAUCUAGAGAACAGAGGCCCCAACAGCCUAUUUAGGGGGAGACAGAGGCUUGGCGGUGUGUUGCAUUGCCUAUGAUCAGUGUUACAUUACAUAGGCACUUGUACUACUCUCUGGAGACAGAGGUCAGGAGAGGAUUUGAAUCAAGUCCUCCAGCUGUGUACCUGUGUAAAGGGAUUCCAGAGAGGCCUGUUUGACCAUGUGACAUUUCUGAAUGAGUCACGCUUUCAUUCUGCUGUGGCAUAUUCCAGAAAUGCUUUCUGGUAGGAUAAGUCACUUAGGGCUUUAGACAGCAAAUAAUUCUCAACUUUUGUUAAUUAGUGUCAAUUAAAUUUCAGUAUUUGAGCUGAUUUUUUUUAAAUGUAAUUGACCCCAAUUAUUUAGUUUCAUGGAAUAUGCCAUGUGAUAAUUAUGAAACAUGGUGUGAGAUUUUUACCUGUUACAGUUUAUGUUCUAUAUCUGUUAUAAAGUGACGGUACUUGGUCCUCUGUCUCCCACUGAAAUUUCAUGGCUACUUAAGAAAAUAGGUUCCAGACCUCCUUAUCUCAGCAGGCUCGUUUGCAGUUUGAAGCAGAUUUUCUUUCAAGAGAAGCACACUUUCAGAAAGGGGCCAGUGACAGCUAAGUGAAGAGCCACUGCUUUCAUGUUCCUAUCAUCCUCAUUCGGUGGCUACAGAGCAGCAAGGUGAAAGCUGUUUGGCUUAAAUACACUUCCCUAUCAUAUCUCCACUGUGAUGUAUGUAAAGUACCUUGUAUGUUAUAAAAGGAUUUUAAAAAGUGUCUUAAGGCCUAUAAACGCCACAGUUUGGUCUAAAGAUGGCAUUCUGUAAAGAGACUGCUGUAUGAAUACUUUCCCAUGCUUUGUCCCUUAUGCUAUCAAACAAGUGAACCAUAUCUGUUCUGUAUGUAAUAAAUGUGUUAACAUCA